UUGCCUGCUGGCUUCUUUAUACCAGGCGGGGAGAGAAGGCACUGGGAGUCUGCAGCAAGAGAUGAAUCCGAACUGCUCAAACGUUGCUUCCAGUGCCUGUGGCUCCAGCGAUUCCACCCAGGGGCUCAAGAUUGGAAGGAAGACGUACUUCGAGGAUUUCUCUGUCUCAUCCUCUUCGUUCCCGGUCGCACUGCCAGCACCUCAGAAGAAGGGGAAAGGGGUGGCGCAGGUGGGGAAACAGCAGCAGCCACCCAGGUGCCAGGUCGAAGGGUGUAGUGUCGAUCUCACCGGGGCCAAGGCGUACCACUGCAGGCACAAGGUGUGUGGGGUGCAUUCCAAGUCCGCCAAGGUGCUGGUGGCAGGGAUGGAGCAGCGAUUCUGUCAGCAGUGCAGCAGGUUCCACCAAUUGCCUGAGUUCGACCAAGGGAAACGCAGUUGCAGGAGACGUCUGGCCUGCCACAACGAGCGGCGAAGGAGGCGACCUCUAUCAGCGCACGUCGCAUGCAUGCCAUCAGUCUUCCAUGAAGGCAACAACAGGUUCAGAGGGUUUCUUGUGGACUUCACUCACCCCAAACUCCCUUCAAUCCUGCAAAAUGCAUGGCAAAUAAAUCAAAGUGGCUUAGGAGCUGCAUCAGCUCCAGGAAUUCCACAUCUUACAGCAGGUUCAGAUUCAAGCCGUGCUCUCUCUCUUCUGUCAGCUCAACCAUGGGGUAGCACACUAGUUGCAGACUACAUGACCAGUUCUCGGGGUUGCAGCACCUCAUUCGAAGUGAGAUUGAAUCAGGUUGGAGAACCUGAUGACGGCCAUUUUGCAGGUGAGAUUGAGCUGGUGCCUCAGGGUAAGAGACAAUGCAUGGGUGUUGAUCCCAGUGUGAGAUGCAGGUUUUCUGAUGAUGCCAUCCACUGGACUCUGUAGUCCCAAGCUCUCUAUCAAGCUUCCCAUGGCUGUUCCAGUGUUUUGUUAGCAUGAACUUUCUUCUUUCUUUUCUUUCCUUUUUCUUUUUUUUCCUUGUCAGAUCAAACUAAACCUGAAAUUUUCUGUUAGAUGCAUUAAUCCCUUUUAGAACAUGUCCCUAAAAUAAUUAUUAUUUUUAUUGAAAAAUAUUAAUUCUUAUAUAUUUCUCACUGAAAAUAAAAAUAA